AUGCAGGUGACGACGCAGCAGACGCAGGGCCCGAACCAGAACGUCAUCAUGCUCGACGACGGCAAGAUCGGCCUCGCCAUGACGACCAUGGGCGUCGCCUUGCAGGCCCUGCAGGGGUCCGCACCGUGGACCAAGGGCAAGAAGUACGACAGCAUCCGCGCGCUGUUCCCGAUGUACGACACGCCGAUGCAAUGCGUGUCGCUGAAGAAGUCGGGUAUCACCAGCUUCAAGCAGCUCGACGGCAAGACGGUCGGCACCGGUCCCAAGGCGGGGACCGCCGGCACCUACUUCCCGCUGAUCUUCGACACGCUCGGCAUGAAGGUGUCGGUGCGCAACGGCCCGGGCGGCGAGAUGGGCAACCAGCUCAAUGACGGGCUGAUCGACGCCUUCUGUUUUGGUGCCGGCGCGCCGGUGCCGAUCUUCACGCAACUCGAUGCCGAGCAGGACGUCUCCUUCUACACCUGGACGCCGGAACAGAUGGCCGUGAUCCGCGGCAAGAUGCCGGAGUUCACCGAGUCGACCCUCAAGAAGGGCGUCUACAAGCAGCAGGCCGAGGAUCAGAAGACUCUCGGCCUCUACAAUUUUGCGAUCGCCCGCAAGGACAUGCCUGACGCCACGGCUUACGCGAUCACCAAGACCAUCCUGGAAAACAAUCCGGCGAUGUUGCGGGCCCAUGCGGCGGCCAAGGACACGAUCGCGGCCAACGCGCCGCGCAACACGAUCAUCACAUUUCACCCCGGCGCCGUACGUUAUUACAGGGAAAAGGGAAUCAAGCUCGACCCGGCAACGGUCCCCAAGUAG